AUGAUUUACUUUCUUAAUGAACUAAUCAAGGAUUUUAAUAUAAGAUAUUCCGAUGGAUUUAUAUUACGUAUUCAUCAUGAUAAUACAAUUAAUGCAACGGAUGUUAUUUGUCCUUAUGAAUGUAAACAUCCGAAUGUUGAUUUUUGCAAUAUGAUGCACAAACUUUAUAUUCCACCGAAAGUCUGGCGAUUUGUACCUGCUGGACAUCCACUCGUAGAUAUCAUAAUGAGUCGCGAUCUUGAUUCGACAUUAACAGCACUUGAACGUGUCGCUGUUGAUGAUUAUAUAUCCAUACCGGGUGGUAUGUGGGGUUUUCGACCAUCAUUGAAUCGAAAUUUAUCUCGUAUUUUACAUUAUAAAAUUCAUGAUCAAACUCUAAUCAAACGUUUUGAUGGCAUUUAUGAUCAAGUAUUUCUUAGAAAACAUGUUUGGCCAUUCGACAGACAAAGCGCUGUGGCACAUGAUACUUUUCUUUGUAAAAGAGAUUUUGGACAUAUAUCAAGACCAUUUCCAACACAACGACCAUCCGCAUAUGAAACGAACUGUGUAGUAGGUUGCAGUCGACCAUAUUGUGGUCAUGGAAUUUUAUCGUUUGAACAAUGUCCAAUAGAAUGUCGACCGAAAGAUCAUCCAGAAUGGCUCUAUUGUUAA